CAUUACGCUGCAAGCACGUCGACGGCUUACGUGAAAAUGAGGCUGCAGUAAAUCGUUUCCGACGUUCGCCGAAAUGGAGCGAAGUGACGAGAAGGGCAACUUGGCACAGGUUCGGCAUGUGGUUCUGGUUCUCUCGGGGAAAGGAGGAGUGGGGAAGAGUACCCUCACCACAGAGCUCGCCCUCGCCCUCCGACAUGCAGGCAAGAAGGUGGGAAUUCUGGACGUGGACCUCUGUGGACCCAGCAUCCCCCGCAUGCUGUGUGUAGGCCGGCAGGAUGUUCACCAGUGUGAUGCCGGUUGGGUACCUGUCUACACAGAUGCCCAAAAGAGCCUGGCUCUCAUGUCCAUCGGCUUCCUGCUAGAGAACCCUGAUGAUGCCGUGGUGUGGAGAGGCCCAAAAAAAACAGCCUUAAUCGGCCAGUUUGUGUCGGAUGUGGCCUGGGGCGAGCUGGACUUCCUGCUGGUGGACACGCCCCCAGGAACCUCAGACGAGCACCUGGCUGUGGUGGAGAACCUGCGCAAACACAAGGUGGAUGGAGCCAUUCUGGUCACGACUCCUCAGGCUGUGUCUACGGGCGAUGUCAGGCGGGAGAUAACAUUCUGCAAGAAGACUGGCUUGCGAAUACUGGGAAUCGUGGAGAACAUGAGUGGCUUUGUGUGUCCUCACUGCUCGGAAUGCAGCAACAUCUUCUCCAAAGGUGGAGGGGAGGAGCUGGCAAAGCUUUCUGGAUCACCAUUUUUGGGCUGCAUUCCCUUGGACCCCCAGCUUAGCACCAGCGUAGAAGAAGGCAAAGAUUUCAUCCAGGCUUUCCCAGAAAGCGCCACCUUCAGUGCUAUUAGCCACAUUGCACAAGCAGUUCUAGCCAACAUAGCAGCUGCCUGAGCACUUCAUCCAAACCCACCAUUGCUUUUUCUUUUUUUCACAGAUGGUUAGUCUACUUUUAGCAUACAGGAAUUGCUGAUUUUCAGCAGAACUGUCCAUAUUAUAUAUGCUGAGAAAAAUGUAAAAUUGCAGUUUUUGCUAAAAUAGUCUUGAAAUAAGGUAGCUACUACUUCUGUACUUAACCUUAUUUUCUGUUUUUGAAAGCAAAGAGUAGUGGGACCAAUAAUUUAAUAAAAUAUUUGUACUGAU